AUGAAAGCCGAAGACCCAAAUGCCGCGGCUGCCAGCGCACUCGAUGCCACGUCGGCUGCCUUCGAGGUUGUGCAUCAUCUUGACACCGUCAAUGCGUACUACAACAGCUUCCGAGUGGCAGCCGCAAGUCUCCGCGUCUCUCAUGUCGCGUACAUUCAAGAGUCGUCGAGUAUCAACCUUAAGAAACGAAAGCGAAAGGCAUCACCUGCGUCGUUGUCAUUGCGGUUGCCAUCGCCGGACCUCCUCGCCAAACUCGAAGCAGUGCGUCGCCAUGCCCUUCCUUCUGUGCCCACUCUUCUUCCUCCAUACAUCAACCUGGCUACAAGCACGACUAGUUCCACCGCUGACCCCCCUCCAACAAAAUGGGCGUCGUCGCACACGUCGCUUGCAUCAACGUUUAUGGACGGCCUCCAGGAGAACACUUCCGACGACGAUACCCUCAUCAUGCACGCCAAUCAACAGUACAUCCUCCCCCGACACUCUGCGUUCGUGCUGGGCGAUGUGUUUCGUCUACCUCCUCUUCCGAGCAUCCAUCGGUUCAUUGUAAUGGACCCGCCGUGGGAAAACAAGACGGUCGCCCGAGGGUCGACGUACACCACGAUGCCGCACACACGCCUCGUGCAUGUGGACAUCCCGGCCCUUGCCCAUCCCGACGGGUGUCUUCUCGCCAUCUGGGUGACCAACAAGCCCACGUACUCGGACUUUAUCCGCCAAACUCUGCUGCCUCGGUGGGGGUUUGCCUAUCUUCAGACGUGGCACUGGCUCAAAGUGGCCGGCAAUGGCGACUGCGUGACGCCGCUGUCGUCAUCGCACAAACUACCCUUUGAAAAGGUGCUGCUGGCUGGACGCGGGUCGUUUGCAUGUACAUCCAUCCCAGACAAGGUUCUCGUCAGUGUGCCGCUGCGUCACUCGUGGAAGCCGCCGCUGCUGCCGUCCGUGGCGCCGUUCGGUAUCGACGAAAAAGGCGAUGCCAAGCUGGAAAUCUUUGCCAGGGAGUUGAGACCCCAUUGGACGUGUGUCGGGAACGAGGUGCUCAAGUUCCAACACAUGACCCUGUUCGAGUUGAACGAAUAGAGGUCUACCGUCUGUAUCUUUGCAAUGGCCUCAACAACUAUGACUUUGCCGUUGGUAACGAACGUUCAAGUGCAAUGUGCUGUUGAAGGUAGAUUAGAGGUAAUCUCAGUCGCUGUCGACGAUUUCGUCGUCCACGUCGUCUGCUGACACGAGCAGUGUCGGGGCUGCUGACGACGUCUGCGGCAACCAUCGCUCGUACGGCCUCACAUCUCGAUGGUACGACGCCCCUACAAACAACACGCACAUGAGAAGCCAGAUCCAUAAAGCUACCCUAUAUAAACUUGUAGUUCCGA